AUGAACUCACAAUCGCAAUUCGAUCCGGCUGCCAUGAUCGGGCUGGUCGGCGCCUCACCCGGGAGGUCAGAAGACAAUUUCGACAUUUUCGAAUGGUAUCCACGCUAUCAAAGCUGCCAACGAUAUUUCCUCGACCAUGCACAACACAGCGUGCCAGUACAGGCACUAUCGGCCUUUUUGAACAUCAAAUUACCCUUCCAACGACAAGCAAACCCGAUCAUGAAUUCGAACCCUCUAUCCGCACCAUCUACACCAACUCCAAGCGGUCCAGUACCACCAGGCCCGCCCGCCGUUUCAUUGAUCCCAUAUAUUCGCCGUCUAGUCGCCACGGGUAUGGAUUUCCCAGGGGUGCUGCAUGGAUUCUUUGGAGAUGACUGGGGUACGGGCGUUGGACCCCUGCACGAGCAAGAACGUCGCAACUAUCUAUUCGCCGCGAAGAGUGGCGGUUGGGCUUCUGUGAAAAAGGACUACGAUAUGUCCCCGCUAGAAACGAUUCCAUUCUUGCGCCCGCUGCAGGGUCCAUUGGAUGCGGAGAUCGAAGCUGCUGAGCGCAGCUGGAGCGAGUGGCUUGCUAUGGAGGAUUGGAUGGUUGGCCCGCGAGCGCCGGACAUUCUUCACGACUCCUCGUCACAGAACUCGCGGCCGCGAAGUUCUCGUUGA